ACUCUAGAGCACCGCCCACCCUCUACUUCCUCCACAGCGCCCUCAUCUGUGGAUCACACUUCUGCUACUCACUCACCCUCAACUCAUCGCACCAUAACACAACAUCACUUGAAGAUAGAUCACACCGCUGUUUUUCUGUCAUUAGAACUCUUCAAUUUGGAUCACAACUCUGGUUCUGUCCCUUCACCACUAUUCACAUCACAGGGAUUUUAACUGUGUCUCACUGGAUUGUUUAUGCAGUAGUCCUUUGGAAUCACAUUGGUUGGACUUCUGGACUGGACCGCUGGACCGGACUGCUGGACCAGACUUGAACCCCAUGCAGUGUAUAGUAGCCUGCAGCGAUGUCAUCUGUUCUCUCCCCCCGCAACGCAAAGGAUCAGCCACGCACGACAAAGUCCCUCUCUGACUCGUCUCCCACUACACCCUCGCUGACUUCCAGAGGCCUCAAACAUGAAAGACUGUCCAGACUGGACUCGUCUGGUGCUUACGACCGAGAAGCCUAUGACGCUCGCAGGGAAAACAGAAUGGCAGCGCGGAAAAAGGCUGAGGAAGAGGCAGGAUGCACUGACUAUAAGAAGAUGUACGAAGAGGCCAUGUCUACAAAUGAGAGACUCAAGUCCCGGCUGCAGGGCAGCAAACAGGAGCUGGUGUUGGUGCAGACUCAGCUGGAGAAAGUCACACAGAGAAAGAUCACAAUGACUGAAAGGUCCAAUGAGAGGUCCAUGCUUGAGAAAGAAAAACGGGAAACACGUGUCCUUCAGAAGAAGAUAUCAGACAUGGAAGAUGAAGUGAAGAUCCAGACAGAGCUGAAGAAUGAGAACCAGAGACUGAAGGACGAGAACGGAGCCUUAAUCCGGGUCAUCAGUAAACUGUCUAAGUGAGAGGAGGAAGAGGAUGAUCCAAGACUUAUUUCCAAUUUUUACCCCAACUACACCAUCACCACCACCACUACAUUCAAAUCAUGACAGGAAUGACAGAUAGGCGCCAACUUUAAAUCCUUUUUUGAUGCUCCUUUCACUUUUCUCAUCUGUCCUCUGUUGAUGGUUAUAUUGCACACAGAUAGUGUUCACACACAGUUAGCAUAUUAGCAUUUUUUAAAUGUAUUUAUGGAUUGUUAUAAUGCAUACUUAUAUCGUCACAGCACAUUAUACUGUACGAAUGUCUACGAAGGUUUUAAUCUAUGAACUGGUGUAAGAGUUGGUAUAUUAUGAUGUUCUAUCUAACGAAGUUACAUUUAAUGUUUAUUUUAAAACUGCAUCACCUGAAAAGUCUCCUGAGCCUUGUAUAAAUAAUUUAUAAUGAUUUUCUACACUGCAAUCCAAUGCAAUCUCUUGUAUGCACUGUCAUCAAAUGGUCAUGUGUGGUACUGCAUCUUACUGCAGAGGCCUACAGUAUGUAUGACAUGAUCGACAACCAGGGUUGGUACACAUUUGUAAGCAAUAAUAAAGCAGGUAAAGAUUA